AUGGCCAAAUCCGCAAGACGGUCCGGCAAGGGUAAAGCCCCUGCUGCAUCUCCAGUAUCGGCCUCUGGAGCCUCAACCCCCACAUCUCAAUCCGGCCCUCUUCCUCCGUUCACACAGGCACCAGAAUGUCUCACUCCGUUCCUCAAGCUCCUAUCCCCCGAAGAAGUAUACCUCAUCCACAUCGACCGCUCGGACGUCGACCUCAAAAAGCAGACCUUCAUCAUCCCUGCUGUAACCAACGUCCUCAUCAUUGCCCUCAUUGCUCUCCGCGUAUACAUGGGCCGUACCAUGUACCCCGCCCUCUUCGCAACCGUAGUUGGUCUUGCAAGCCCAGUGAACGACACCGCCUCGUUAAACUGGACCGAACUCGCCUCCGUCAUUUUCCGCCGCGCGCUCCCAGUCCUGUUUGACUAUCUCCUCGUUGUAACCUUCCUCCCAUGGCCCAUCCGCUUCUUCGCAGGACCCAUCGAAUGGCGCCGCCGUAUUGGCUUCCGCAGCCAAGAAAUCAUCGUCCGCCGCAGCCAACCAACCGUAUCCCAGAACCUCGAGCGCAACCGUUGGGUCCGUGAGGACGAAGAAAUGCGCGACAAGAUCGUCGCAGCCGUAACUCCUGACCGGCUCCUCAAGACAGGCUACCUUCUCGUCGACGCAGAUUGGGGGCUUGACUACCCGGCCAUGAUCAAAGCACACGAGCUCGUCGGUGCUAGCAGCAGCACACCGAAGGGCUCGGGCGCCUCGUCACAUCUCCCGCUUGACGAAUUCCGCACCGCCGUGCUGGUCAACACAGACAACGACGGGUGGAUAAUCUGGCACGUCGGCGACGAAAACACCGAAGAGGGACGCACACGCUCCAAGCAACGUGAUCAGAUCCUGGAUUUCAAGGAGAAACUCACAGAAAUGGGUCACGAAGCGCUUUUCUUCCGGUGGGUCGAACUGAUCCAGUAUGAGAGCACGCAACCCGGCGGGUUCACCGCGGAAAGGCAGGCUAGUGCCAUGGUGCAGGCGAAGCAGCUGUUUGAAGAGGCCGGAGUCGAUUUCAACGGAUUCUGGCAGGAAGUCGGCGGGAUGGAAGGGUUUGGGGACGAUGUCGAUGCAGAGGUCGACGCAGAGGUCGACGUAGAUAAGUUUGCGGAACAGUUGGAUUGA